UUUUUUUUUUUUGUUUCUUCUUUCGCAAUCUUAAUUCUCGACCAUGGACGACGCCAGCAGCCAGUCGCUGGACGACAGCCAGGGUGGCCAUGCUGCUGGGAUUGUGCACGAGCUGGUCGUCCGCAAGCGGGUCCGUGAUCUCGCAGACGAGGCGAACGAGGCCAGCACAACAACGACCAGUGGAGCAAGCGCAGACCCGCACGCGCUGAUGCAGGAGCUGAUCGCCCCGCGUAAGCUGCCACGCACGUUCGUUGGACCUGCAGAUGUCGACGCUGCGUCGCGAUGGCGCGCUGAGGUUGCCAUCCGCGCUGCUGAAGCCCAGGCGCGCGCAGUUGAAGAGCAGCAAGCGAGUAUUCCAAGCCAGUCCCAGCAUCUUGUCUUCUACAACCAAAGCGCCCAGAAAACUCAAAGAAAGCAUCAGCAAGCAACUUUGCUGUCGUUCUCGUCGACAUGCCAAAGCUUGUUCAGACAAAGGGCCUUGGGCUGGAUCCUUCCAUGCGCUCGCAAUUACACCCAGCAACGUCCUUGAGCGGCGCCGCACCAUUCACCAUCGGCAAUGUGUGCUCCGGACCUGGCUAUGGCGUCGUGCUGGCGUCCAACAACCCCCACUUUUUGAAGCACGACUGGGUGUCGUCCGCAUCCUGGCCGUGGCAAACGGUGGCUGCCUUCCGCUCGACUUCCAGCUUGGCACCCGUCGAUCCGAUGAACGGCGUGGCCCUCGCUGAAAUCCCGCUCCUUACCGCCUAUCUUGCCGUGAAACAGCUGGGGACGUUGGAACCCGGAAGCACCGUGGCAGUGACAGACGCACACGGUCCUCUGGCCACUCUGAUUUGCCAGUUUGCACGUUUGCUCCUCCGCGCUCGUAUUAUCGUGCUGACCAACUCGGACGCCAAGUGCCGCGUCUUUCGGGAAGAUUCGGAUGUCGCCGGUGUCGUCAACUGCGCCUAUUACUUGGAUUCGACCACGGGUUCUAAUGCUCACCCUGUUAGCCAAAACUCUUCUUCGGCAUCAUCGUCCCCUGAUGCCCUCGGCGCUUUGACCACGGCGGUGCAUCUCCACUGUCCAUCUGAGAUUCAUGCGCUGAUUGAUACCGUGGGCGGACCAGUGCUUCUCGCUGCCGCUCGGCUGAUCAAAGCGGGCGGCAAGAUUGUCACCUGCGAGCAACCUCACGGCCUGCUUGACGAUCGUGCACGAAGCUGCAGCAACAGUCUUGUCAACUCGAGCAAACCACCACCUCUUCCACUGCUGGUUCUCAAGCGUCUCAGUGCCCGUCGUAUCACCCGUCACCACCUUCUACUUGCAAACCAUGUCGCCGAGUUGCCAACGUUGCUCCAGACCAUCCAGCAACUCGUGGCGACCGAUCAACUGCACUUGCGCAAGACCAUCUUCGACGGGAUUGACAGCAUUCCGGCCGCCUUUGAGACAAUGUUGGAUACACGGCCAUCGUCGUGUGGGAUUUUGCAGGUGCGGAUAUAACAAUGUUCAUAUCAUCUUCAUUCAAAGUUAUAAACCAAACCAAACAGGACA